AUGUCAAAAAAACCGAAUAAUGCUGAAAAGGUGGUAAGAAUAAAAAAGAAGAAAACAAUAAAAUUGAAAUGAUUUUUGCAGAUAAAUGAAAAUGAAAACAAACAAGGAGAGUUUGAAAAAAAUUUAACGAUUCGAACACCGACAAAAGGAAGAAGAAGUUCGAGUAUUAAAGGAGCUGCAGGUGCAAUGGUAAAUUAAUAAUAAUUGGGUCUCAAGAAGAAAUCGGGGCUCGAAUGAGCAAAUUUGAUUUUCAAAAUCAUAAAAAUGAUUUUCUCGCCAUAAAAUAAUUCAGAAUGAUUUAAUUUCGAAAAAAUAUGUGCCACGUGAAAAAAUUCCAAAAAACAGGCGGCCCGAAAAAAUAGGUCACGUCUGCACGCUUUUUCCUUUCGAAAAAUUUUAGGGCGAUCGGGACGAACAAUACAGUAAUCUCAUAAAAUUACUGUAUAUUUGUUCAUUUUUAAAAUAAUCAAUGUUUGAGGAUGAAAGACAAGACAGCGAAUUCGAUCAACCUUUGCCUGGAUGUUUUCAAAAAGUAUCCAAAAUCACAAACGAUAAAAUCGAUGAAAAUCUGGCAAAAAUUCCAUAUUUCCAUGGUUUUCUUCUUCACGAAUAUCAACCAAUGAUUUUGAAAACAUUUGGAGAUUUUCUUAUUCGAGUUUCAAUUCGAUAUCCAAAAAAGGCUGGAAAAACAUCAAGAGAAAAGACUGUGAACUCAAAUAAAGGCAAAAAAUCGAAAGAAAAAUCAAAAGAACAAUCAAAUGAUGGAUCAAUUAGAUUUAAUGUUAUUAUUGGAGUUUGUAUAAGUAAGUAUUUUAUUUUUUGAUUUUGUAAUAUAAUUUCACAAGAAUGAUACACCGGCUAUCGCCGGUGUUCAUUCUUGUUUUGCUACGCAGCCUUCGGCUGCGGUUAUGGAAAAAUUAAUUUAUGUAUAUCUGCAAGGUUUUCUGAAAGUAAUCACCUUCCUAGUUUGCAGACCAAAUUCAGAAGUAAAAACCAAAAAGAUAUUUCCAAACUUUUGAUUUUAGCCACUCAAUUUUUUUUCUGAAAAUAAGGCGAUUUCGAAGAAUUCUAAUUUUCCAAUUAACUUUACUUGAAAGUUCCGGAAAAUACGGAAAGUUUCCGGCACAGGCUUUAAUUAUAACAAAUGUUUUAUGAAAAUUUUCCAUACAUAAAAUUGGUCCUUAGAAUCAAGGUGAGAGGCUUAAUUUUUCUCAAGAAUCUAAAGAAAAUGGUACCUAACGUGGCCACUCUUUCUGCUAAUAAUUCACAGAAUUUCCAUGAUUACAAAAAAAAUCUGUAGUUGUCGAACAAUGAUUCACAAACUUGUAUUUUUCAUUGAAAAGUGCAUUAAAUUUCUGAAAUAGUGAACACGGGCUCCGGAAAAUAGCUGAUCUUCAUAUUUUUCUUUUAAGAACAACAUCUUUUCAAAAACUUUUCAGAUAGCUUUUGUUUGCAUUCUCUUUUUCAAAAUAUGAAGAGCACCUACUUUUCCAUGGUCCAUUUUCACACACUUUCCGAAAAUCCAACUAUGUUGGAGAUGUUUCACUUUUUUAUGAAAAUUACGUCGCUUUUAGUCCCAUCCCUGAUUUGGCGAUUCAAGUCGAAAAAAAAUUAGUAAAAAAAUUUGUUUGACAAAAAUUUCGAUUCAGCAAAUGUCAAAAAACUAUAUUUUUUCCUAUUUUUGACAUUUUUUUUACAUUGCAAUAUUUUCGCUUUGAGAUAUUUUUCAUUUUUGUGUGGAAAAAAUGUCAAAAAUAGAAAAAAAUACAUUUUUUUUGACAUUUGCUGAAUAGAAACUUUUAUUUAUUUAUUUUAUUUAUUUAUUUACGAUGAGCGGAAAAGUACAUCGUGCGAAAAAAAAGGUGAUGAAAUGAAUAACUUUUUGUCUAAAAAUGUUUUUUUAUUAUUUUUUUUGAACCUGAAUCACCCCAUUAGUUUGUGUCAGGUCUCAAAAAACUCGAAAUUUUUUCGGUCGUAAAUUACAAACUGUGAAAAUGAAAUUUUCGUAAACAUUCUUCGUAAACUUAUCUUUUGGAGUCAGAUCAAAAACAUUAACUUAAUAGCUCUGCCCAAAAAAUACCAAAAGAUGACACUUUUAUGAGAAUCAGGCAGAUAAUUAUGACUUCACUUCAUAAUUCAGGUAAAAUAGUAACACUCAAGCGAGUUUGAUAGUUUAGUUCAAUUUCUUAUGAUCUCUUCUUCCGAAACUUAUCAAAAUUGAAGUGGAAUAAGAUCAUUAUGUGAAUUCUUUUCGGAAUCUUGAAAUGAAAAAAGAUUAAAAGAUUUUCACGUCUGAAUUAAAAAUUCGAAAGUGGGGCAUUUAUAUAGGUCAAACGGGACAUAAGCCCAAUAAUAUAUAAGUAUGAUAUGUGAAUUCUUUUCGGAAUCUUGAAAUGAAAAAAGAUUAAAAGAUUUUCACGUCUGAAUUAAAAAUUCGAAAGUGGGGCAUUUAUAUAGGUCAAACGGGACAUAAGCCCAAUAAUAUAUAAGUAUGAUAUGUGAAUUCUUUUCGGAAUCUUGAAAUGAAAAAAGAUUAAAAGAUUUUCACGUCUGAAUUAAAAAUUCGAAAGUGGGGCAUUUAUAUAGGUCAAACGGGACAUAAGCCCAAUAAUAUAUAAGUAUGAUAUGUGAAUUCUUUUCGGAAUCUUGAAAUGAAAAAAGAUUAAAAGAUUUUCACGUCUGAAUUAAAAAUUCGAAAGUGGGGCAUUUAUAUAGGUCAAACGGGACAUAAGCCCAAUAAUAUAUAAGUAUGAUAUGUGAAUUCUUUUCGGAAUCUUGAAAUGAAAAAAGAUUAAAAGAUUUUCACGUCUGAAUUAAAAAUUCGAAAGUGGGGCAUUUAUAUAGGUCAAACGGGACAUAAGCCCAAUAAUAUAUAAUAAUAUAAUUUCAUAAAUGAAUUUCAGAAGAUCAAGACAAAGAUAAAGUGGAUCAUUUGGAUGAAACAAAACAUGAAAUAAUUGAUGUUCCAAUGACAAUUGAACAAAACAUCGAUGGAAAAUGGAUUCAUUUUUAUAUCGAUAAAAAGAAAAAAUUUGGAUCAAUUGAAGAACUAACUGAUUAUUAUCGACAUUACACGGGAUUUUAUCGAGAUAAAAAGUUUAGUCUUUAUAAAGGAAUUCCAAUGACAUCUUGGGAAUUGGAUAGAACACAUGUGGAAAUUGGAACAAAAACAUUAGGAGAAGGUGCUUUUGGUGAAGUCAAAUCUGGAACAUGGAAAUGUACAAAUUCGGAUUCGAGAGAAACAAAUACACCAUUACCAGUUGCUAUCAAAAUGGUAAGAUUUGUUAGGGAAAAAUGAAACGAGGUUUAUUGAGCCUUUUUCAAUUUCUAAGCCAAAAAUACAGUAAUACAAGAAAUUUUAAAAUGUUUUUUGAUUUCUUCAAUUUGUUGUUUUUUUUUCAGUUGAAAGGCGAAGAAUCAAAAGUGGCAAUGAAAGAAAUGAUGCACGAAGCUCGUCUUCAACUUUGUCUUCGCCAUAAAAAUGUUCUCAAAACAUAUGGAGUUUGUAUUCUCAAAACACCAUUUAUGAUUAUCAGCGAGUUUUGUGAAAGUGAGUCUUGUCCUUUCUUUUUUUCUUCAAAAAAUUCAUUUUUUUUUGUUCAGAUGGAGCUUUGCGGGAAUAUUUGAAGAAAAAUAAAGUUGAUAUUGAAGAUAAACUUCGUUUUUGUCUUGGUUCUGCACGAGGUGUUGAUUAUUUGCAUGGAAAAUGUUUGAUUCAUCGUGAUUUGGCAGCUAGAAAUGUUUUAUUAAAUGAUGCAAAAGUUCCAAAAAUUGCUGAUUUUGGUUUAGCUCGUUAUGGAAAUAGUUAUAAAAUGUCAAGUGUUCAAAAAACACCGAUAAGAUAUUUGGCACCUGAAACUCUUCAAUCAUAUAAAUUCACACAAAAAACUGAUGUUUAUACAUUUGGAUUAGUAAUGUGGGAAAUAUUUGAAAAUGGACAAGAACCUUAUGUAAAACCACAACAACAUAUGGAAAGUAUUGUUCCAAAAAAUGGAACAAUUCGAGUUGGACAUUUGAAAGAAGUUAUGAAAAAUGAUUUAUGGAUCAAAUUCAAUUCAGAAACACCGCCAACACUACAAACUUUUGUCGCCGAAAAAGUUUUUGUUUAUGAUGAGAAGAAAAGAGUCACAAUGAUUGAGGUAAGUCUAAAUGUUCUAAAAAGUCUAAACUGCCCCAAAGACGUACCAAAUUCAGAACCUGAAAAAUUUCAAGAGUUUUUUGUUGAAUUGUUUUUUAUACCAAUCAAAAUGAGCCGAAGUUUCUACGCCAAACUUAUUUUUAAAUUUCAAAUUACUGUAGAUUUUUGUUCUGAAAAUGACAACUUUUCCACGUCAUAACUUUUUUCUCUUACGUAUGUAAAUCGUAUAGUUUUGUCAUGUGAUUACAAUUAUAUUUUGUUGUGACUCAUUUCAACUAACCAACGUCAAACGAAAAUCCACUAGGGAAAUUUUGGUUAAUUAUUGACAGCGUUUUUGUUAUUGCUGUAGUUCUAUUUCUAUUUUCAUUUUUUCAAUAACAAAUUUAGAAUUUAUCUGUCUACAAAAUAAUAUAAUUUUUAGGUUGUGGCAUUGUUGAAAACAUUGGUUCGAAAAGAUCAGAGCUAUUUGAAGGAUACAAUGGCAACACAAACUGUUGGAUAA